AUGAACGCCACUGAUGUAGAAAAGAUCCAGCUCGCGGUCAAUUUUGCCAGGAACCUCAAGCUGCGUCUUGUUGUGAAGAACAAAGGACACGACUUCAACGCCAAAUCUACUGGUGCUGGAGCCCUUACCGUAUGGACCACAUAUCUGCAGGACGUCGUUUACCUCGGGGGGGAAUACAGCUACGGCACUGGACACACCGGGCCCGCCUUCAAGGUCGGCGCUGGUGUAGAGGCGAUACAAGUGUACGAGGCUGCUGACGCAUUGGACCUGCAAGUCGUGGGAGGGAUCGCCCGUACUGUGGGUUUGGCUGGAGGGUACUCUGCCGCGGGUGGUCACUCCCCCUUGAUGGGUCUGUAUGGCAUGGCUGCUGAUCAAAUCCUGUCCUUGGAGGUUGUGUUACCGAAUGGGCGAUUUGUUCAUGUCGACUCAGAACACAACCCUGAUCUCUUCUUCGCCCUCCGGGGAGGCGGCGGUAGCACAUACGGAAUUGUGACUUCUAUCGCCAUUGCUGCAUAUCCUAAGCAGCCGGUCACAACAGUCACCUACUCGUUCGGUACCAGUCAAGGAAUCGACGUUGAAACAUUUUGGUCUGGAGUGGAUGCCUUCUGGGCAACUUUCCCGACCAACGCAGAUGCAGGACUGUACAGUUAUUGGUACAUAAUCUGCCCUGACAAGGAGACAUGUACAUUCCUGAUGCUGCCACAAUGGGCCAACAACUUGUCGGCAGCUAAUCUCCGGCCACUGAACCAACCACUCUUCGAAGAGCUCAACAGGCUCGGGAUACAGCCCGAUAACGUCACCUACGCCGAGUACCCAGGGCUCCUAGACGCCUUCACAACAACGUUCCCCGACUCCGCCGAGGGCGUUGGAACCUGGAACGCCCACACCGCGUCGCGGCUCUUCCCGCGGUCCAACUGGGACGACCCAGAUACCCUGUCGAAACAGUCCAGCGCGAUCCGCCGCGCGGUAGAGGUCAACGGCCUGAUGAUCGGGUACAACUUCAAGCCCGCGGACAACCCCAGGGUCAACCAGACCAACGCGGUGACGCCCGCGUGGCGCAACACGCUCUUCCACGCCAUGACGGCCGCGACCUUCAACACCACCGCGACCGCCGAGGACAUCGCCGCGGCGAGCAAGGGCCUGGUCGAGCUGCUGCAGCCGUGGAGGGACGCCAGCCCGGGCGCCGGGGCGUACAUGAACGAGGCGGACGUCAACGAGCCGGACUGGCAGCAGGCCUUCUACGGGGGCAACUACGGGUACCUGUACGAGCUGAAGCAGAGGUAUGACCCUUGGGGGCUGUUCUACGCGCCGACUGCGGUGGGGAGUGAGGACUGGCACGUUGCUGGCCAGCUUGAGUACUAUCCGACCCAGAAUGGGCAGUUGUGUCUGUCGGCCUGA